UGUGUGUGCCUAUUGUAGUGUGAGUAAGAAGCCAUCCUUUUAAAGCAGUGUAAUAUUAUAAUACCAACUAGUGUGAAAAUAAAUCUGUUCAAGCAACACCUCUUUACAUUUAUCCAAGCUACCUAAACUAAAAGUGAACCUUAUUACCACAACAUAUGGUCGAAUUUCGAGCCGGAUUGAUUAAUUACCUGGGUGGUCAAUCGAUCCCGAGUGAGAACAAAGCGCCGCAUUCCUUAGAUAAGGAACUCGUUCGUUAUGAGUGAUUUGUGUCAAUUCAAGAAAUAUUAAUAAGCAGCUGUGACAAAAACAUCACGACUGUUUUAUUCUUCAACUACGUAAUCUACAGAAUCAAUAUACUAGAUUAUCUUCAUUAUAAUGGCAACGACAACGGAACAAUUACUACAGGAAUUAGAAAACGUUGCGUUACUGCUACAAAAGGCUCAGGUUAAUUUGAAGAAAUGUCCAAAACAAAGACUCACGAAAGGAUACGUAGAAACACGUUUGCAAACGAUUGAGGAAUAUUGGAACAAGUUCACCACGACGCAUUAUAAUCUUCUGAAAGUGGUCCCGAAAGAAAAGAAAAAUGACAUCGCUUAUUUUGUUAAUGAAGAUUACUUUGUUAUUGAAGACCUAUACUUAUGUUUACAAGGCGAUUUGAAAGAUCUUAUGAGGUCAAUGAUUAACCCGAGAUUAAGUGAUGUCACAGGUUCCACUGGCACAACUUUUGAAGGAAAUGUGAAGUUACCUAGAAUUCAACUACCAUCCUUUUCCGGAAUGUACGAAGACUGGACCACGUUUAAGGAUCUUUUUACAUCGUUAGUCCACAACAACUCCAUGCUAUCCAAGGUACAAAAACUUCAUUACUUGAAGAGUAGCGUCAGUGGCGAAGCAGCAAUGUUACUCAAACACAUACAAGUUACAGAAUGCAAUUAUGAUCAAGCUUGGGAUUUGUUAAGAGACAGGUUUGGUAACAAGCGACUUAUAGUGAAUUCUCUCUUACGAAAACUUAUUACACAGAGGAAGAUUCCCGCGCAAACUGCCAAUAACAUCAAGACAUUGUUAGAUACAACGAGUGAAUGUCUUAACAGUUUGAAGAACCUUAACGUGUCGACUGAUUCUUGGGAUCCACUUAUCAUAUUUCUGACGGUGUUGAAGCUCGAUCCAGAAACACACAGAGAUUGGGAGGAGUUUGCGUACAAAGAUAACUUAGACGAAUUACCUAACUGGGAAGAUCUUGUGAAGUUCUUACAAACAAAAUUUCGUACCCUAGAACUGCUUGCUCCACCUUCAAGAGAGAAACUAUCACGAAAUAAAGAAUGUACAGUCCACGUUUCCACAACACCCGCUGCGACCAAACCAAGAACUUGUUUGAAAUGUAAGGAUAAUCACACAUUAUGUCAUUGUAAAGAGUUUACUGCAAUGGAACCAGCAGAAAGAUGUGAAUAUGUGAAGACCAACCAGCUUUGUUUCAAUUGUCUGGCACCAGGACACACAGCUAAGAAAUGUCGAUUAAACAUGUCCUGCCGCAUAUGUCACAAACGUCACCAUUCUCUUGUUCACCAACAAGCACAAAGCAAUAUUUCAAAUCAACAAGAUAAUAUGCAAGCUAAGCAUCAUCAAAUCGAACAAAAUCAACAACAAGAAGCUUAUAUACCUGCUGAGCUUUCGUCACACUUUACCGCUAGCACGUCAACAGCAUUACUGGCUACAGCUCUAGUACCAGUAAGUGAUACGUCGGGAAGAAUGACUGUACUACGUGCGUUAGUCGAUCAGGGCUCACAGGCAACCUUCAUUAGCGAGAGAGCCGCCCAGCUGUUAAAACUUAAGAGAACACCCGCACAAGCUACAGUCAAAGGUGUUGGCUCGACUACAACUGCCGUCAAACACGCUGCUCAAAUCGAGCUGCGAUCAAGACACGAUGACAGUUUCAAGUUACAAGUGAAGGUGUAUAUCAUGGCUACGCGAAUUACAACGCAAUUACCAUCACAAACCAUUCCAAUCAACAACUGUUCUCAUCUAGAAGGUCUGAAAUUAGCGGACCCAAGCUUUAACAAACCAGGACGAGUUGACUUACUCCUAGGUGUAGAAGUAUGUGCCCAAAUUUUAAGAAGUGAAUUUAUCAAGGGUCCCCCUGGAUCUCCAUGUGCUCAGAAUACCAGUCUAGGGUGGAUCAUUUUUGGAAACGUACUUAAUGAAGGAAAUAAUAAUGAUUUUAUUGUGAUGCAUCACAGCCUUGAUUUAAACAAGAUGUUGAAGGCAAUGUGGGAGUUGGAUAAUGAAGACAAAUCUAAAUUAACAAAGGAUGAAAGAAAAUGUGAAGAAAUUUACCAAUCCACUCACUCAAGAACACAACAUGGACAGUAUAUAGUCAAAUUACCAACAAAAACCAAUGAAUUAAAAUCAAUACAUGGAAGAACAAGAGAAAUAGCUAUGCAAAGACUUUACCAACUAGAAAAACGGCUAGAAAAAAAUGCUACACUAAAAACAGAAUAUAUAAAGGUCAUGGAAGAAUAUAUUAGUAUGAAUCAUAUGGAAGAAGUACCAAAAGAAGAAAUGAAUAGCGACAGCUACUACCUGCCACAUCAUGCAGUAGUAAAGGAAGAUAAGGAAACAACAAAGGUCAGAAUAGUGUUCAACGCGUCACAGAAGGGCAAUAAUUAUAUUUCAUUAAAUGAUGAACUUCUAGUUGGACCACAGCUUCAAACUGACAUGAGGAGUCUUAUCAUGAAAUUUCGAAUGAGGAAGAUUUGUUUUGUGGCUGAUAUACAACGUAUGUAUCGCAUGAUCUUAGUGACGAAAGAAGACAGGGAUCUGCAAAGGAUAUUAUGGCGAAAUGACCCUAGCCAACCAGUCAAGGAUUAUAGACUCACACGUGUUACCUUUGGUACGGCGUCUGCUCCAUACUUAGCCGUUCGAACACUCCAUCAAGUUGCUGAUGAUGAAGGAGCCGUAUGCCCUGAUGCUGCUAUAAUGAUUAAGGAAGAUUUUUAUGUAGACGAUCUUAUGGCCUCAAAGGACAAUCUGAAUGAAGCCAUACACACAGCAAAACACCUGGAAGCCAUACUGCAGAAAGGAGGGUUUACGCUACAAAAAUGGUGUUCGAACGAUGCUAACUUCUUAAAGCAAUUUGAUCCUGCGAAGCGAACAACGCAUGCCAUUUUAGACAUCACUAUAGAUGGCACCAUAACAGCCUUAGGUUUGCGAUGGAACAUGGGUAAAGAUAUGUUUCACUACAGCCUUAAAUUACCUCUUAUAAGCAAAUCCAUUACAAAGCGCACGAUUCUUUCGGAUAUUCAGCGACUAUUUGAUCCAUUGGGUUGGUUAGCUCCAGCUAUGCUACCUACAAAGCUCCUGAUACAAAGGUUAUGGUUGCAAGGAACUGGUUGGGACGAAGAAUUAGAUACAACAACCAGAGAAGAAUGGAUUGCUCUUCGAGAGAGUCUUCAACACCUCAAUGGCAUAGAAGUACAAAGAUGGCUUGGAAUCACAGAUCAUAAAACAGCCAAAAUUGAAGUUCACGGAUUCUGUGAUGCCUCCACUAAAGCAUAUGCUGCUGUUGCGUAUGUCAGAGUUGAACAUGAGGAAGUUAUUACAACUCAGAUAAUAGCUGCAAAGACUCGAGUUGCACCAGUUAAGCCAGUUUCUUUACCUCGGUUGGAAUUGUGUGCCGCUCUUCUUUUAUCUCGACUGCUUAAACAAAUUAAAACAGCAAUGAAAAUAACUGACAGCAAAAUAUUUGCGUGGAGUGAUUCCACAAUAGUACUCUCCUGGCUGCUUGGUGAUCCCACAAGAUGGCAAGUAUUUGUGAGAAAUAGAGUUGUUGAAAUCUUGGACAACACAGGAACCAAUUGGUUUCAUGUACAAAGUAGCAAUAAUCCUGCUGACGUUGCAUCACGGGGAGAACAUACCCUGGAGUUAAAGGAUGAUGAAAAAUGGUGGAAGGGCCCAAAAUGGUUAAGAGAGAAGACAAUCAUAUUAACUAGACCAGACAAACUAACCACCAGCUUAGAAAGAAAAGAAGAGAUACAAACUAAUACAAAAGUAGAAGAAGAAUUAAGCUUAGAAACCCAAUUUCAGCAUUAUGAUAACUUGGAAGAACUUUUAAAAUCAAUAACUUAUUGCAAGAGGUUUCUAAAAGGUAAGAAAAUGAGAAACAAGGAUACUGUCAUCACCACUCAAGAGAUAGACGAAGCACUUAAAACCUGCAUUAAGAUAGCACAAAGGGAAAGAUUCUAUGAAGAUAUUAUGAAUUUAAAGAAAAAAAGGGAAGUAACUGGAAAUAGCAAAUUAAAAUUACUAAAACCUUACCUGGAUCAUGAAAAUAUUCUCAGGGUGGGCGGCAGAUUACGUCAUGCAGACAUAGCAGAAGACACAAAAAAUCCUAUAAUAUUAGACAAUCACACACCAGCCAAACCUUUUCUAAACAGUGGGGUUGACUUCGCUGGACCAUAUCAAAUUCUUGCAUCUAAAGGCAGAGGAAUAAGAACUAACAAAGCUUAUGUCGCUGUAUUUGUUUGUAUGGCCACCAAGGCCCUACACUUGGAAAUGGUUGGCGACCUCACUACCGAAUCCUUCAUUGGAGCCUUCAAAAGGUUCGUUGCUAGACGCGGAAGAUGUUCACACAUAUGGAGUGAUCAAGGCAGAAAUUUUGUAGGAGCCAAUAAGGAAUUAGCUGAUGCUUGGAAAGAAGCAAAACUUGAGUUCGACAGCAUAAUAGCGGCGUCUCUUGCACUUGAUGGAACUCAGUGGCACUUCAUUCCUGCCUAUAGUCCUCACAUAGGUGGCUUAUGGGAAGCAGGAGUUAAGUCCAUGAAACACCACAUGAAAAGGAUAUUGACCAAUCACUUAACAUAUGAAGAAAUGACUACGCUGAUUUGCCAAAUUGAGGCAUGUCUAAACUCCAGGCCACUAAGUCCAAUUGAUGAUGAUGACACAGAAAACCUAACGCCCCUAACACCUGGCCACUUUUUGAUCGGCGAAGCUCCAAUUACCGUCCCUCAACCUAAUCUUCAAGAUGUUACAAUCAGUCACCUGUCACGCUGGCAGCAUAUUCAGAAAUUGCUUGGAGAUUUCUGGCAGAAAUGGCAAGCGGAAUAUCUGACCAGCCUACAACAGAGACCAAAAUGGCUCAAGAGGUGUAAAGAACUUGACAUCGGUAAUAUUGUACUCAUUAAGAAUGAACAGCUUCCUCCCGGUAAAUGGGCUUUAGGUCGCAUUGUAACUAAAUAUCCAGGCGCUGACGGCGUCACAAGAGUAUAUGGUGUUAAAAGUGGUGAUAGUAUAACCAAGCGUAGUUUUAAUAAAUUAUGUCCUCUACCUAUAGAUGUUGAUGAUUGAAAUUUAGCAAAAUGUUAUAUGAAUGAAUUAAUCAUAAAUAUCAAUUGCAUGUAUAAAAAGAUUGUGUAUAUCAAAUCACAUUAACGUAUCUAUGAAUAACUCUUAAAUACAUUGUUAAUUGUUAGUGAAGUUAUCAUUUAUUAAGUUUGUUUAAUUGUUUAAAGGCCUUAUAAGCCCUUUGGUGGGCGGCAUGUUCGAUACAUAUGCAUGUGUGUGUGCCUAUUGUAGUGUGAGUAAGAAGCCAUCCUUUUAAAGCAGUGUAAUAUUAUAAUACCAACUAGUGUGAAAAUAAAUCUGUUCAAGCAACACCUCUUUGCAUUUAUCCAAGCUACCUAAACUAAAAGUGAACCUUA